UCGCCGCCAGUGUCAGAGGAAAUAAGAGAGAGAGGAGAAGAAGAGGAGGAAGAAGAAGAAGGAGAAGAAGAAGAAAAUCCGUCUUUUUAGCCACACGCGUGGUUCAGGCAGGGUGCGCGGAGGAGAGGCAGAGACUUCCGGCCAACACGUGUAUGAUUUGUUUUCCCGUCAGUGAGACAAAAGAGGGCAGGAAGACACGCGAGGAGUACAGCUGAUGAGGAAGAGGAGGAGUGUGCUGUUCCACAUCCUUCAUCUCCCGCAGCCCACUGCUCUAACUUGGUGCCUCGGUGUGGGGAUGUAAAGCCUUUGGGAAACACUUGGAAAGAACGGACCUGGGCUGGUGUGAGUGCUCCCAUCGCCCCCAGGAGCCUGCAGGUCUGUGUGGAGACUAACGCAGCCUCAGGCUUAUAAAGGAACCGGCCCGGCUCUGCCAUCCUCCCCCUUGAACGUCCCACUGUGUCACUCCAUGUUCCUUUCCCGCUGUGUCCAACCCAUGGAGAAUGCACGCCCACCCAGAUAGGAUGCCUGCCUUGCCCGAAGCCCUGCAUCCCCUCCUACCCAUCACCACCUCCUCCUUUUCCUCGUGUGUACCUGCUUUUGCCAACAGUUCCUCGAGGCGCCCGCCCUGCCCCGCUCCAACAUGGUGGAUGAGGUAACCACCAUGAAGGAUGACGUCAUCAACGCCAACACGCUGGCUUGGCUGGUCUGCUCGGGCGUGUCCAUCCUGGCCAACACUUGGAGCAUCCUCAGUGUCAGUGCCAAGCAGAAGAAGUGGAAGCCACUGGAGUUCCUCAUCUGCACACUGGCGGGCACGCACAUCCUCAACAUGGCCAUCCCCAUCACCAUGUACUGCGUCAUAACGCUGCGCCGCCGUCACUCCAAUUACGAGUGGAACGAGGGUCUAUGCAAGAUGUUUGUCUCCACCUUCUACACGCUCACCUUGGUCACCUGCUUCUCCGUCACCUCACUGUCAUAUCACCGCAUGUGGAUGGUACGCUGGCCUGUGAACUACAGGUUGAGCAACACCAAGAAGCAGGCAGUGCACACGGUGAUGGGCAUCUGGAUGGUCUCCUUCAUCCUGUCCACUCUUCCGGCAGUGGGCUGGCACGACACCGGCAACCGCUUCUACACCUCCGACUGCAGAUUCAUCGUGACGGAGAUCGGCCUGGGCUUCGGCGUGUGCUUCCUGCUGCUGAUCGGCGGCAGUGUGGCCAUGGGUGUGAUCUGCAUCGGCAUUGCUCUCUUUCAGACCUUUACCAUUCAGGCGGGCCACAACGCAGACAAAAACAAAUUUAACGUCCCGACCAUAGUGGUGGAGGAUGCCCAGGGUAAGCGUAGAUCAUCCAUUGACGGAUCUGAGCCUCUCAAGACGUCUCUGCAGAUCACCUACCUGAUCAGUGGCAUCGUCUUCAUCUACGACUUCCUGACUGGCUUCCCCAUCCUGGUGGUGAGCUUUGCCAGUCUGAAGUUCGACCGCUCUUACAACUGGAUGGUGUUGUGUGUGCUGUGGUGCUCCAUCGCUCAGUCCAUCCUGCUGCCCAUGUUCAUCUGGGCUUGUGAUCGCUAUCGCGCCGACAUCCGCAUGGUUUGGGAGAAGUGCGUCGCCAUCAUGUCCAACGAUGACGUGGAUGAGGAAAACAGCCAAGAUGGAGGAAUUCAUGCCGACUUAAUAUUUGACAGACCAUAUGACUAUAGUUCGGCGCCUGAAAUCGUGACGGUAGACCGUAAUGCCAAGUAUGAGUUCUCAACCUUAGAAAGGGGGGUUCUGCAAGGGUAUCCAUUGAGGGAACAACAGGAAGAUAAAAUGCAGUAUUUGCAGGUGCCCCCUACAAGAAGAUACUCCCACGACGAAACCGACAUGUGGACCAGCGACCGGAUCCCCUCAUACCUGCACCGCUGGGGCUCCACCGAGGACAUGAUAGUGAGUGCCCACUACAGCUCCACCUUGCCGCGCCACGAGAGGCGCAGGAACAGCCUGGUCUCCUACCACGAGGAGAGCCACCAUCACCCGCAUCGCAAGCGGCGGCGAUCUGAAGACAGCAUGCACUCCCUCAAGCACCUGCCACGCGUGGUCUGCAGCGGCGAGCGCUACGAGGACGAGCUGCUGUGUUUCAGUCGCGACGAGGUGAUCAACUUUAUAGACGAGACGCCGCUGCCGAGCCCCAGGAAGAGCCCGCGGCGCAAGUCCACCAUCUCGCUCAUCCCCAAUGUGUACGAGCAGCACACAGUCAUCCUGCCUCACUUCCCACUCACAGACUUUGAGCGCGAGCCUCAGGCGCUCAGGAGGCUCUCAGAAUACAAAAGGAGCAGCAGUUGGAGCAACUCGCCCGAGGGUACCCCCAAACAGGAGAGACCCGGUGGAAAGAGGAGCCCGGUGGCUUGUGGCUCCAGUAGAGGUCACCGGGAGCGCCUGCGGGACCCGAAAGGACAGGGUGAGGUGGGCUCACCUGGGCGCAGCCAGCACACUCCGGGACACUCCACCUGUCGGCCCAGGACAGGUGGUGGAGGAGGGUCUGGAGCUGACUGGAGGCAUCAGAAGCACCUGAGCAAGGCAGAGAGUAAAGGAAGCACAAACAGUUUUUUAAGCACACCCUCGGCAUCGUCCUCAGGAUACAUCACCUUUCAGUCUGACUCGGUCGGCUCCGCCACCUAAAAGCAACGUUUUCCCUUUUGUUCUUUUAAAGGUGUCCUCUUGAAAACCACUUGAACAUUUGUGGUUGUGGUAAAGUGAAUCAUUUUGGCCUUUUAACUCGUGCCACUGUUUUACAGGCUACCACCGAUAAAUAGGCUUCAGUUAUGCUAAAUGGCCUUUGGAGUUUUUUCUGAAUGGACCUGAUGUAGUUUUAGUUUGUAGCCUGGUGAAAAGGUUGAAUGAUCCCAUCAUUCAGCUUUCACGUCACAGAGUAUCAACAGAUGACACUUUUUGUUUCCAGCACUGACACACGGAAACUGUUUUUAAAUGGCGUGAACAUUCCCACAUCUUGUUUUUGCUGUUUGAUAUUGUUUCUAAUGGAAUACUCAAAUAAUCUGGGGAGGUAAUUGUUAGGGUGGGGUUUUUCUUCUUUCUUUUUUCUCUUUUUGCACUUGGAACUGAAAACUCACUUUGUGUUUUAUUUGGCCCUGUAAUGGUUUUGUGUUUUGCUGUAUGGACACAUUUGGUUUUAAACCAAACUUUCCCUGAACACCGCUCAUCUACGUUGGGACUUCAGGUUACGCUUCAACACACAUAUUUACUUUAUUUUGAUCUAUUCACAUUAUUAUUUGCUACACACGAAAAGUUUUGUAAUGCACCCUAUGUUGAAAAAUAGUGGUUAUCCCAAACUCUUUGGUUUGACAUCUUACUGUGUGACCCCAGAGUUUCUUAAUGAAAAUGUGAAGUCAGUUUUAAUAGAAGAUUGACAUGUCAUGUAUAUAUGGAGGAGGUUGGAUUUAUGAUUUCGGUGUUCUUUAUUGUUUAAUGAGACUUUUAAUUAAAGCAUUUCCCCACAGUUUGUAUUAUUCACAUGUUCAUGUCAACUUUGGUUUGAUCCUCAGGCACAACAGUUGUUCGCCAAAUUGCGUAUUCACACAUCAGAACAUCAGAACAGGAAAUGGUGCUUUAUCCUCUGCAACUGAGCUCAUCAGCCAUUUGUUUCAGUAACAUGUUAGAAAAGCACCAGUGAUGGUCUUUAGCCGUAGCCUUCAGGCCAACUAGAUGUAGCAUAACGUGAUGCUGGUGUCUAAACCCAAAAACGUGUUACUGUAAGAAACCCUGUGAGUCGAAUGGAAAUGAAGUGUAACGACUUGGAGUUGUUAGCAUUGUAUUUGGUCAUUUACCUCAGGACAUUACAUUGAGACUACUAAUGGUCCUGUUCUGGAAUUUUUUUGUGAUUUUUUUUUGGCCCCACCAAAUAAUGUCAAUUAAAUGUAAGCAUCAGUCAGGCAUACUGCCGAACAAUUACAGUUUAGACUCUUGUAUAAAGACAAACUUGGAGAGAAAUUGGGCUCAUUUCACAUCACUAAAAGGUGUGAAAGGUCUAAUGUUGACAUAGAAUUGCAGAACCAACACUGAGCUUUGACUUCAACUGCGAUCACGAAUGUACUUGCACAAAUUAGAUGUACAGUCUCAAAGAAUAUCAAGAUAAUAUGAAAUGAAAAUAUCCCCUUUGACAGCUUUAUUAUUUGUGAAACUUUUUGCUGUUACCAUACAGAUAAUAAUGUUUGUCACAUAUGAUUUCAGUCAUCUGGUGUCAUUUAGAUGUUUAGUUUGAAUUCUCAUGUAAUAUUGUACCACUCAGUCAUUGCAGCCUUUUUGAUUGGACAAGUUAGUAGAAAUGUAUAUUUCUUUGGCAGCAUAACACCACAUUCCCCUGUCAAACUUUGCUCUGUCAUAGAUUUGUUGCAUUUUGUUGUGUUUACAAUUUUAAAGUAUCAUUUUGUAACAUAUUCAAAGAUUUAUGAUUCAAAUAUGAAUGAUGUUAAAUGUUAUGAUUUUUUCGUGCAAAUGAUG